AUGGUGGUUGCAAAUGGCAAUGUCGACAUGGAGGAAGGAACCCUUGAGAUCGGGAUGGAGUACAGGACAGUUUCUGGAGUUGCUGGUCCUCUUGUGAUUCUUGAUAAAGUGAAGGGGCCUAAAUACCAAGAAAUCGUCAACAUACGAUUGGGAGAUGGCACAACUAGGCGUGGUCAGGUGCUUGAAGUUGAUGGAGAGAAAGCUGUGGUUCAGGUUUUUGAGGGAACUUCCGGUAUUGACAACAAAUAUACAACUGUGCAAUUCACUGGUGAGGUUCUAAAAACUCCAGUGUCACUGGAUAUGCUUGGACGCAUUUUCAAUGGUUCUGGGAAACCUAUAGAUAAUGGCCCACCAAUUUUACCAGAGGCAUACCUGGAUAUUUCUGGAAGUUCUAUCAAUCCCAGCGAACGGACAUACCCUGAAGAAAUGAUUCAGACUGGCAUAUCUACAAUUGAUGUCAUGAAUUCUAUCGCUCGUGGUCAGAAGAUCCCUCUGUUCUCCGCUGCAGGUCUGCCACACAAUGAAAUUGCUGCUCAGAUUUGCCGUCAGGCUGGGCUAGUAAAGCGUAAAGAGAAGACUGAUAAUAUCUUGGAGGUACUUGUAUUGUGUACAAUCUUGGUCUGGUUUACAUGGCGCAGUGAUGAAGUACUCCCCACUUGUGCCAAGAGGUCCUGGGUUCGACGCAGCCUCUCUGCAUUGCACUGUGCAGGGGUAAGGCUUGCCUCGUAUAAUUCUUCCCCAUACCCCCACCUGGUGUGGGAGCUUCUAGCACUGUGCCUGUCAUUGGUCUGGUUUACAUGGCAAACUAUGGGAGUAAACAUGGAAACAGCACAAUUUUUCAAGCGUGAUUUCGAGGAGAAUGGUUCAAUGGAGAGAGUUACCUUAUUUCUUAAUCUGGCAAAUGAUCCUACCAUCGAGCGUAUUAUUACUCCAAGAAUUGCUCUCACCACAGCGGAAUACUUGGCAUAUGAGUGUGGGAAGCAUGUUCUUGUCAUCCUGACUGACAUGAGUUCAUAUGCAGAUGCACUUCGUGAAGUCUCUGCUGCUCGAGAGGAAGUACCUGGAAGGCGUGGUUAUCCUGGUUAUAUGUAUACUGACUUGGCGACAAUCUAUGAGCGUGCUGGUCGUAUAGAAGGAAGAAAAGGAUCGAUUACGCAGAUACCUAUUUUAACCAUGCCUAAUGAUGAUAUUACCCAUCCAACUCCUGACCUUACUGGUUACAUCACCGAGGGGCAGAUCUACAUUGACAGGCAGCUACAUAAUCGGCAGAUAUAUCCACCAAUUAAUGUCCUUCCCUCACUUUCGCGGCUCAUGAAGAGUGCUAUUGGCGAAGGCAUGACUCGCCGGGAUCAUUCUGAUGUCUCAAACCAGCUAUAUGCCAAUUACGCCAUAGGCAAAGACGUGCAGGCGAUGAAGGCAGUGGUCGGAGAGGAAGCACUGUCAUCAGAGGACUUGCUCUACCUUGAGUUCCUUGACAAGUUUGAGCGGAAGUUUGUGGCUCAGGGGGCAUAUGACACGCGGAACAUCUUCCAGUCGCUUGACCUUGCCUGGACCCUACUCCGCAUCUUCCCCCGUGAGCUGCUCCACCGUAUACCGGCGAAAACCCUUGAUCAGUUCUACAGUCGUGAUGCCUCUCACUAA